AUGGGCAUCUUCCAUGGGAAAUACACGGUCCUCCUUUUGCUUGGACACCCAUCUUUCCCCCGUGAGCCGUUCCACAACAGAAACGUUGGGAAGGGGAAACGGGCGGCCUCCUGCAGCAGUGAUCCAACGGGUAUCAUCACUAAUACACUAACUUUUUGGAAAAGAGCCACACACGUGGGAUGGGAGAUGAUCAUGAGCCUCUUGCUUGACCUUUCUCGAUCUGGGCAAGUUCCGGUCAGCAGCCAGGGGGGUUGCCUCCACCGUAUCGUCUGCAACAAAAGCCAGUCUCAAUCCCAACAUGUGUUCCUGGCGAGUCAACUCCAGAGUCAGCUGGCGUCGCAGGGCUCUUUGGUUUCUCCUGAUUCUUCUCCAUUCCUGCUUCCCCCGGAUGUCGUGCAUCGUCAAACCUUGACACUGGUCUAA